AUGGAGGAAGCCAUGAGAAGACUUGCCGGAUUCACAUCCUCAUCGGAACUAGACAUCUUCCUAACUCCGCCACCACCACCACAAACCACCACCACCGUCCAUAAAAAAUCAAACACCACUACAAACAAAAGACCUGCUGCUGCUGUAAAAGAAAGCAACACCAUUAACAACGGUUCAACAAAUGGUGUAACUAGGUACCGCGGUGUUCGCCGUCGUCCUUGGGGCCGGUACGCCGCCGAGAUACGUGACCCGCAGUCCAAAGAACGGCGGUGGCUUGGUACCUUUGACACGGCUGAAGAAGCCGCAUGUGCUUAUGACUGUGCCGCACGUGCCAUGCGUGGUACUAAGGCUAGAACUAACUUUGUGUACCCUCCACCACCACCACCACAAACGAUGACGUCACCUUAUGAUAACUAUCAUUUACCGCCGGCUAAUAAUAAUAAUCAUUCACAGAAGAACAGUAGUGGUACCGGUUCUAAUUUCACCCCUUUCUUAUUUCAUGAUUUCUUUCACUCCGGUUCAAACCGUAGUCCGGUUCAAGCUAAUUCUACGGCUAAUGUUACCACACCAGUGGUCAAUGACCCGGUUGACUUCAAGGACUUUUUUCCUACCGAACCGGACCAUUCCGGUUUGUUAGACGAUGUCCUGUCGGGUUUUUACCCUAAACCGGAAACGAAAGUUAAGCCUAGGCCUGAACCGGUUCAGGAGGUUAGGAUGACAAAGACUGUUGAAGCAACCCCUUUUGGUUUCUUUUUUGAAAACCCUAGUAAUUGUAAUGGGUAUUCAACAACAAAUGGUCAACUGGGUAAUUUUGGGUUUACUGGUGGUGUUGGGGGUGGUGGUUUGCCGGUUUACGGUCAUCAUCACACGGCGGCUCCGGUGGGGUAUGAAAAUAGUCAUCAAGAGAGUAUGUUCGGAGAUGUUUUUCAUCAUCAUCAGUACCCGGCUGAUUAUGUUGGUUUGUUUGCAGCUAGACUUCAGAAUGCUUAA